UUCACUUCUGCAAAACAUUUUACAAAAUUCAAGGUAGUCACGUGAUUUACGCAAUCAAAGAAUAAAACGAGGACUGGAGGGAAACUCUAUAUAGAAAGGAUCAUACAUAUGCUGCACAAUGUCCGGAAUUGCUCUAGCUCGAUUAUCUGAAGAAAGGAAAGCUUGGCGAAAAGAUCAUCCAUUUGGCUUUGUGGCCAGACCCACGAAGAAUCCUGACGGAACACUCAAUCUCCUGAAUUGGGAAUGUGCGAUUCCAGGGAAAAGAACGACAGCGUGGGAAGCUGGUCAGUUUAAGCUGAGACUGUUAUUCAAAGAGGAUUAUCCAAGUUCUCCACCUAAGUGUAAAUUUGAACCACCAUUAUUCCACCCCAAUGUUUACCCAUCAGGAACAGUGUGUUUAUCAUUACUUGACGAGGAGAAAGACUGGAGACCUGCUGUCACAAUAAGACAGAUUCUACUUGGCAUUCAAGAACUUUUAACUGAACCAAACAUCAAGGACCCUGCUCAAGCGGAAGCAUACACAGUUUACUGUCAAAACAGAGCUGAAUACGACAAACGCAUUCGAGAACAGGCAGCAAAAUUCAAGGACACGGCAUUGUGAAUCCCGGAAACAUAACUGAGAUAUUGAUUCUUAUUUAUGGACAUUCAAUAGAAUGAAGACGCACUGAAAUUUUACCUUUGUAACUGUAUUGGUUAUUGUAAAUGCUACCGUCUGUAUUACAUGCGUAAAAAUGUCUCCUGCCAAAUGGUUGUAAUGUAAGCACAUUAUUCAGUAAGAUGUUUUUGUGUACAGAAAAAAUGUUAAUGUUGAUGUGACAUUACACAAGUUGAUACAAUGAGGAUUUGUACUAAACAUUAAAGUUACUUUGUCUGUCGGAUUCACUUGUAUCAAUAUUUAUAAGGAUUAGUAUACAUUAAAACUUCAUGCUUUUGGAGGAGAUAGGGGGAGGGGGGGUCUGUAGAUAGUAAGUAUUUCUGUGUUCAUUAUUUGGAGCUGAUCAUUUUCAGUCCCAUGACAAACAUAUAUAUUUCAAGUUUAAAAAUAAGAUAUAUAAAGUAAAUCUCUACAGUAAGAAUAUUUUGGAUAAAAUAAAAAUCUACUGAACAUUUGUGAAAUCAAGAGAUGUUUAUAGGUUAGUCCUAAAAUAUUUUGUAUUCCAGAAAAAGAAAUAGGCUUCAUACUUAAAAAAGUAAUUUUAACAGUCCCUGCAAGCAGAAUUUGAUAUUUAAUUUGAGUUCUUACUGUUUAUGUGAAGUUGAAAAAAGUAAAUUUAGAUUAUAUUGUGGCGAAAACACUAGGCCAAUUACAUUUAUUGCAUUCCAAACGUCUUGAAAUAUCGAAGGAACUAGUCUUGACAGGAUUGGCAAAGACUUUCUGGGCUUGCAGAAAUAGGUCUGCCAGGCUUUAUUCUGAAGAAUGUUACAUUCAAAAGAAAACAAAACAGUCAUUCUUCAAAAAGAGAAAAGACCCCUGUAUGUUGUACAGCAGAGAUCACUGAAUUAGACACAAUAGCCUCCGACUGUGUGUAGCAACUUAUUUCUUUGCAUUUUCAGCAUGGAAUUAUUCAGCAUUUUGUGUAUACAUGUAGAUUAGACAACAGGGAAGAAAGUCUCUUAAUCUACUUUAAGGGUACAAUAGGGAAAUACAUGCCUGAUGUGGAUUAUUCAGUCAUAUUCACAAGUAAUGGUACUGUAGACUCGUCCGAUAUAGCAGAAAGAUUUUUCGUUGCAGGCGUUGUUCUGUGAAUGUGUUCAUGGAAAUGUAUAUGUAUGUGAUGUUAUUGUUGCUCUGAGGUUGACAUGUUCGUGACAGUUAAAUUUGAGGCGUGUCUUAAAUCCACAAAAGGAAACUCAAAAUUGAAGUCACUUACAGAGGUAAUCAAAAUCAAUAUGCACAGAUAUAGAGCUCUUUGACACGCAACUACUUUUUAAGCUGUACAUCACAUACACACAUAACAGUACAUUGUCUCUAUUGCACAUUUAAUUCUUUAGAUCUAUAAAACAAGAAAAUAUGUUCUUUUGUGAGAAUUCUACUGUACAUACACCCAGCAUUCAAUUAGAAGGUGCUAAACCAGAAAUAUGUUAAUUACAUUGUACCAAUGUAUGUAUGUCAUAAUUGGACAAUGUUGUCCUCAUUGUGCAUUUCUUUUCAGAAAAUUGGACAUUGUUUAGUUUAAUACAGCAUAAUUGAAUAUUAAUGAGAAUAGCAAUGGGAAAAUAAAUUAUUUCAAAUUAUAACAUUUUGUAGUUAUUAAACAGUUGACCAUCAUAAAGAGCCUGUCUCCAUUAAAACUGUACAGCAUCAUCUAUCUGGAAGAGGGGCAUGAUCUUAAGGGGUAGAGGUUUCAAAGGAAUGGUAUUUAAUGGGGUGUUUUUUUCUAUCAGUCAUGUUCAUUUCAUAUGUCGAUGAACAAAAUACAAUUUUGUUAAUAAAACAUACCAUUUCCAAAUU